AUGCUGGUUCAGGUACCUUCCCGAGAGGUCCUCUGGACCCCUCCAGCCCCGCGCUCGACCGCGAUGUGGAAGUUCAUGGAGGUCGGCCUCGCGCCCAUUCGACAAGGCGCUCCCCACAGAAGCCAUGUUCCCUCGCCCCGACUUCUUCUCCGGGGCUCUCCUAAACUUUGCCGAGAACCUCCUCUUCCCCGAGACCCCGUUGACCCCGCCUCGACCGCCGUCAUCACCAUCACCGAGCGCGAGUCCGACCUGGUCGCCACCACCUGGGAAGAUCUCCGCGACGCCGUCCGCAGGUGCUCCAAUGCCCUGCGCCAAGCCGGUGUCCGCCCCUCCGAUGUCGUUGCCGGCUUCGUGUCCAACCACCUCGAGUCCGUCGUUGCCAUGCUCGCAACCGCCGCAGUCGGCGCCAUAUGGACCGGUAUCAGCCCGGACAACGGCGUGAGCGCCGUCCUCGACCGGCUCUUGCAGAUCAAGCCCACCGUGCUCUUUUCCGACAACGGGAUGCUGUACAAUGGCAAGAACUGGAGUAGCGUCGAUAAAACCACAGAGGUUGCGGUGGCUUUGAAGGAGGCGGGCUUGAAGCACGUCGUCGUCAUCGACAACCUGUCGGGCGUGGGCUUAGGAUUGGAGGAUCUCAAGGCAAAGGGACUCGAUGCGCAAGAGUACAAGUCGUUUCUUUCUAGACCAACCCCUGCGCUUCGAGCAGCUGCCGCCUUCUCAUCCGCUCUACAUCCUCUACUCCAGCGGCACGACCGGCCUCCCAAAGCCAUUGUCCACACCGCCCUCGGCACCCUCAUCCAACACAUCAAGGAACACGGCCUCCACGGCUCCGUCUCCUCCCGCUCCCGCAUGCUCUACUACACCACAACCUCAUGGAUGAUGUGGCACUGGAGCGUCUCCGCCCUCGCCAUGGGCGCCACCAUCAUCCUCUACACGGGAUCCCCCUUCAAACCCCACGGCUACCUAUCCCUGCCCAGGCUCCUCUCCUCCCUCCAAGUCACCCACUUCGGCACCUCCGCCGCCUACCUCACCGCCCUCGAAGCCAACAACGUCCUCCCCGUCAACGACCCCUCCCUCGACCUUUCCCCCUCGAGGCCAUCUACUCCACCGCCUCCCCCUUCCCCAAUCCACCUUCCGCUUCGUCUACAAGGCCUUCCCCCGCGCGUCCAGCUCUCCUCCAUCACCGGCGGCACCGACAUCAUCUCCCUCUUCGGCGCCCCCUGCCCUCUCCUACCCGUCUACACGGGCGAGAUCCAGUGCGCCGGCCUCGGCAUGGCCCUCAAGUCCGUCGACUCCGCCUCGGGCGACCGCCUCCCCGCCGACGAACCCGGCGACCUCGUCUGCGUCAAACCCUUUCCCUGCCAACCCCUGACCUUUUUCGGCCCCGACGGCGACAAACGGUACCGCGCCGCCUACUUUGAGCGCUUCGACGACCCCGCCACCGGCGCCCCCAUCUGGCACCACGGCGACUUCAUCCGCAUCCCCGACCCCGCCGUAGGCAACCUCGUCAUGCUCGGCCGCUCGGACGGCGUCCUCAAGCCCGCCGGCGUCCGGUUCGGCUCCGCCGAGAUCUACAACGUCCUCACCCGCUUCUUCGCCGCCGAAGUCGAAGACGCCCUGUGCGUUGGUAGGCGAAGGGCCACCGACACCGACGAGACCGUCUGCCUCUUCAUCGUGCCCGCCGAGGGAAAGAAAUUCGACGACGACCUCCGCGCAAGGCUCAAGAGCGUCAUCAAAGCCGAGCUGAGCCCUAGACACGUGCCUGGCGUUGUUGAGGAAUGCGGCGGUGGCAUCCCCAAGACGAGCAACGGCAAGAAGAUCGAAGUCGCUGUGAAACAAAUCCUUUCCGGCAUGGCGGUCAAGACAAAUGCCAGCGUCGCCAAUCCCGAGGCCCUCGACUGGUUUAGGGAGUGGGCCAAGGCUCACUAA